AAUAAAUAAUAUGAUCUAUAGCAAGCAUUCUUACAAGAGAAAUGUGAUUUAUAUUCUGGUGGCUUUUUCUGUGAAAUACUUGGAAAGCAAACAAAAACUGCUAAAGAGAUGUUUAAUCCUGCAUGCCUUUUUGAUUUUCAAUUAUCUCCACUUAGACAACUGUAAGGAAAGGCAGCACAGGAAACUUCCAACUGUCUCUGGAUGAAUUCAAUUACUUUGACCAUCAUGACCAUUUUCUGAUCACAGAGAAGAGAAUUGCAAAUGGGUAGUAGCUCAGAUGCCUUCUGGGUAGUGGGAUUUAAUACUAUUAGGAACAAAGAAAAUGCUGUAAUUGCAAAUUUGGAUCCUUUCAGUAUGGCAAUAGGAAAUACUGACUCUCUAUUCUGUCCAGAGCAGAAAAUCCAUGGAGAUAUUUUUCCAUGCUUUAUUGGGAUAGACCCAGGGCUGUUAUUUAAGCAAAGUACAUUUGACUUGACCUAAUCUUUGAGAUCGUAUUGACUGGGGCUCUUACCUUUCUUAUGGCCUGAGUCCUUGAUCUUCCUCUCCAGCAAAGUACUCCAGAGCCUCCUAGCAGACAACCAGUUAGGAGAAAUUACUUGUUCAUAGUAUAGUUGCCUCUGGCUCCAAACUGGGCCCAGGUCCUGCUUUGUUUGCCCAUCACUGGAUCACUGAUCAAAUCUUAAAUUAGCUUCUCUACCACCUUAUGACUAUCUUAAACCAAAUUUGUCCAGAUUUACACCUGCUCAAUCCAACUGAUUUCCACAUAUACGUUGCCUUUAUGCUUUCCUUAACUAAUACAUUUCCUUUGAAACUUCUUUAAAGACUAUUUGCAGAAAAUGGUGAAAUGGUGGCUCAUGGUGAUUUAUUUGGUUUCAAGCCAAAGACCAUUUUUCCUGUUUGUUGCGGUGAGUGUUUUCAAAUUAAUUUCCACAGUAGAUCCAACCACUUUAUAAGAAAAGGUGAGGCAGCGUUUCUUACUGGUGCUAUAGGAGGGCUCAUUUCUUUCUGCAUUAGUGCAAAGGGGAAGGAAAAGAAGCAAAUGGCCAAUCAUUUCAACCAAUUAUGCAAAACACUUUAUAAAACUUCUCCAUAAGCCAUAGCUCAGUGCUGUUUCUAUGGGUUUUCAGUGUUUAUUAUGUGGACAAGUUGCUUGGUCCCGAACAGGAGAGGUGCUGCUCCCCUGUGGGGCAACUCAUGACAAAAAUAUAGUACAGGAAUGCCUACAGUUUGGGUGUACCUUAUCUCAGUGCCUAAUGCAAGGUAAAAAGGGUAGCAGAAGUUUGCCCCAACUAUUUACAAACGACUGUCUAGUGCUUCAGUAGGAGAGAACAGCAGUUAUGUAAGACACAUCACCAGCCCUGCUUGCUUGGGAAAUUGCCUUUUCUCGGAAUAACCUCAGUUCAAUUUAAUCCAGUCUGUACGAGUGCAGAAAUAUCCGGGGAAGCAGGGAGCGGGACUAGGCUUGCUGAACUGUGGCAGGCUAGAUUGGGUUACCGUUGUAGGAAGGAUACCGCCUCGAUCUCUCGUGCCUGGAGGCUCCAGGGCAGCUCUGAGGGGAGGCGGCGCUGCUCCGAGGGGCGCUACGUGUGCCGGGCAACAGCGCGCAGCCCCAGUGGGCUGGCACUGGGAGGUGGCCUCGGCCUCAGGCGGUGCAAGAGGCUUCUCUUCAGGGCAGCAGCGUCCCCCCGGGGGGCAGCCCCCAGCCUUAUCAGCGCGGCCACGUGUGCGCGGGCAGGCGGGCGGAAGGGGCCGGGAGGGAGCCGGCAGCACCGCCGCCCAGGCCCGCAGGGCGCGGAGAGGCAGCUCGGUAUGAGCCUCCUGCCCUGGCUGUGGCUGUGGCUGUGGCUGUGGCCGGGGCCGGGGCUGAGCGGGCGGCCGGCGCGGGGGCAGCGGGAUGCAACAAACAGGUCAAUCCCGGAUGUCUGUGCCACUUGCCAUAUUCAUGCCACAUGUCACCAAAAAGAAGGCAAAAAUGUCUGCAUCUGUAACUAUGGAUUUGUGGGUAAUGGCAGGACUUAUUGUCAAGAUAAAGACGAGUGCCAGAUUGGAGCCAGCAAGAUCUGUGGAGAGUAUACAUCAUGUCAUAAUACUUAUGGAAGUUUUUUUUGUGUUUGUCUGGAUGGGUACCGUCCCUCUAACAACAACAGGACAUUUAUUCCCAAUGACGGCACAUACUGUACAGAUAUAGAUGAAUGUGAAGUGUCGGGCCUCUGUGGCCAUGCAGGUCAGUGUGUGAACACCUUUGGAAGUUACAAGUGCAACUGCAUAGAAGGUUACAGACCAGAAAAUGGAACAGAAUAUUUUAAUUCAUCUAAGAUUUCAUGCAGACCUGUGGAUUGUGGGGUUCCACCUUCUAUCCAAAAAGCGUAUUCAGCACCUCUGAGUAGGACCACCUAUAGAAGUAAAGUUGUCUAUAUUUGCAUGGACGGUUAUGUGAUGGAAAAUGGUAAUCAGACAGCAGUUUGCAGUGCCACGGGACAAUGGGAAGGUGCUGAUUUGGUGUGCAAAGAAAUCGACUGUGGCAGACCUUUUUGGAUUCCACAUACAGAAAUGAUCUGGGACAAAUCCACAGCUCUGGGGAGCAGGGUGUACUAUAGAUGUAUAGAAGGGUAUUACUUUAAUGGAGACAGAAAUUUUUCAGAAUGCACAAUAAGUCAGAAAUGGGAAAAUAUCACAGGUGUAUGCAAAGUGAAGACAGCCAUCAGCAAUGUUUCUGUAUUUAACCAAACCUGUGUCAGGUGGGAAAGGAGCCCUAGAGAAGUUGGUCUGAAGGUGGUAUAUCUGUUUCACAUCCAAGGUCACAGAUGGCAUCAGAAGGAAAUCUUCCAUGAAAGAUUGUUUAACUUCACUGCAGCUGAAGAGGCUCCAGAGACGUGUCUAGAUUUACCUGUGGGCACGAACUAUACAGUAAACAUUGCCAUUAUAUUUCCUGAGCCCUCGGUACCAGUUACUGUCAUGAUUCACACAGCUGAAGAGGACAGAUUCAGCAAUGUUUCAGUAUUUAAUGGUACCUGUUUGAAAUGGAGGAGACAUUUUGGAAGAGCUGGGGUGGAGGAAACCUAUCUAUUUCACAUACAGGGUCGACAGGGGUACUUGGAGGAAUUCUCCCAUGAAGUGAUGAUUAACUUCACGACAGAGAAAGAGAACCCAGAGGUGUGUUUGCCUCUACACCUGGGUAGUAACUACACUAUCAGUAUCACUGAGGGAUCUACCAAGUUUGUUUUACAAAUCCCCAUAAUACCUCCAGUAGCUGAAGAGGAAUUGCUCAUCAAUGUAUCGAUAUUUAAUGGGACCUGCGUGAAAUGGCAGAGAAAAGCUUCAAGAGCCGAGGUAGAAGAAACAUACACUUUUCGUGUGUUGGGACAAAGAUGGUUUCAGAAGGAAUUUUCAUAUGAAAUGACAUUUGACUUUACUACAGCUGAAGCUAAUCCAGAGGUGUGUUUAGAUCUGAAUUCUGGCACUAACUACAUUGUGAAUAUUACUACAGCAUCCUCAACAGAGAUCUCUGCCUUAAUUACAAUAGCAGUUCAAGCAGAGGUAAAGGAAGUCUUCAGUGAUAUGCUGAUUUUUAAUGACACCUGCUUGAAAUGGAGGCGAAACAUAAAGAGAACUGAUAUAGAAGAGAGAUAUUUAUUUCACAUACGAGGCCGACGCUGGUAUCAGCAGGAAUUCUUUCAUGAAAUGACCUUUAACCUCACCACGUACAAGCUAGCUCCAGAAAUUUGUCUGGAUUUACAGCCUGGCACUAAUUACUCUGUGAAUAUUUCCAUCACAGCUUUGGCUCUUUCUGUGCUAGUUUCAAUGACAACUGAAAUUACUGAUCCUCUCUUCCCAGAAGUAAAACUCGUGACUCUGCAAAGCCCUGCACCGUUGCUCAGACUAUGGAAAGUAGAUGAUAGAAAUGGGCCUAUCAGUUUUUACCAAGUGAUUGUACUUCCCUCAGACUUGCAAAGCCAAUUUGUUUGUAAUUCCCUCGCUGCUGCAACGUUCUUUAGCAAUGCCACCGACGCUGCAGGGUAUGUGGCAGCUGAAUUUCUGGCCAAGGAUGUUGCUGACAACAUGUCAAUCACUCUUGGAGACAGGCAUUAUUAUGGGAAGUUUUAUAAUGCUCCUUUAAAACAUGGAAGAGAUUAUUGCAUUGUAUUGAGAAUUAUAAGCGAAUGGAAUAAGGUGAAGACACAAUCCUGUGCAGUUUGUGCACAAAUUAAAAAUAUAUCACCCACUCUAGAGCCCUUGACUGCUGUUGGACUAGGGUCAGUUGCUUCUGUUUGUUUUAUACUGUUCCUGUCCUUCUCAGCAGCACGCUUUUUUCUGUACAGAACAGUACCCGUACCUCCAACUACACUGGCCAUAGGGGUGUCUUCCUAUGAGACUGUACGUUUAUCCAGUACCCAGGAAACAGAAAGGGGUGGGGAUCAUCUCAUCUUUCAUAGAGACUGACAGUGCAUCCUUCUCAAAUGCCUUUUUCCCCCAGCAUAGGUAACUUCUAGCUGGGGCAUGGAGGGGGACCAUGCCCCGCCUGAGAUUGGUUGUCACCACUGCUGGCUUCUGCGGGCGGUCACCACUUGCCAUCACCCCCUUCCCCCACUACCACCGCUGCUGGCUUGUGCGGGCAGUUGCCACUUGCCGCCGACAGCGUCUGCCGGUGGUUGCCAGUUGCCACUUGCAAACACACCCCCACUGCCGCCGGCUUCUGCAGGCGGUCACUGCUUGCCACCCCACCACUGACACUGCCGACACUGCUGCCCACAAAUGGUGCCUCCCCCGUCUCGGGAGGCACCAGUUGUUCAUGUCCCCCAGUACCCUCUGAAACUAAAAUCCAUCUCAGUACAGUAUUGGUGUAUCUGUACAUCCUACAUGCAUCUUUGUAUGAUACUGAAAGUUAAAAGCCUGUACCCUUCUUCAUUUUCAAGUGCGCUGGAGGUAAUGUAUAACUUCCCCAAAGUGUAUAUGUUAGAAGGAGCCCCCAGGUCAUUAACAAUGCCUCUGAUGCAUUGGGCAACAGCUUUUCAUUGCUCUAGAAAUGUGGAGUCCUGGUAUCACAGAACAUCUUGCAUAUCAUUGCUGUUACCCAUACAGUGAGUUACUGUUAUCCCUUGGUUGCACUGCAGUAAUUCCCUCUGAUGAGAGAGCAGUGCUGCCUUUUCCUGGUAAAUUAUGGUAAAACCCAGGAGCCACUUUUGCAUGUCCAGCAGCUACAAAGGUAGAAAGCUCAAUCAAUUAAGAGUAAUGAUAUCUUUAGUAAUAACUGGGAAGGUGUUACAGUUUAGUCACACAUUGCAUUUAAAGAAGUGUUUCCAAACAGAUGUGUUCAAGUUGCUACAAUUAUUGCUAAUAACAAUUAGCAAUUACUGGUAACAAUCCAGAAAUAAUGUGUAGAUCUAUAAAACCGCAGUUUGCUAAACAACUGUGUAGCAUUAAUGGGUUGUGAAAUUCUUUUAAUAAGGGGCUACAUGCUUUUAAUUGCAGUCUACUUAAUCUCUGUAUCAUAAUUACAGUUGUGGAAAAUCAUAAAAAUCAUAUGUUGCUUAAUGAGUCUGUGUGUGUAACAUCUGGUUAAAAUCACCCAGUAUGGAUACAAUUAGCUGAUUUGCUGUGGUCCAUUCAGGGUUAGCAAAUUAAAUUUUUCCACAUAUUCCCCAAGUGCCUUUGCUAUGCUCCGAGUCCCUGUUCAGAAGUAAUUUUUUCAGAAUCAGAACAUCAGCAAAGUAAUUAUUGUAAUUGUCAAUAUAAAGAAAAACCUGUUUGUUUUUCAA